CCAUUUUUGUGCAAACGAAAUGAGCAACGUGCCUCCUCCAUCCAACUACUCCUCCUCCUACCCUCCAUUGUUUCGCCCAAACAGCACCCCAACCCAUGUCGUCGACCAAGAUGACCCCACCACGCACAACCCAGGUUCGGACCCCCUGCCUGUGAUCGACCUCCAUGGCUUGAACCAUGAUGCCAAGCACACGCUAGCCGAAGCUUGCAAGGUUUGGGGCAUAUUUCGUUUGGUCAACCAUGGGAUUCCAAUCACCCUCUUGAACCAGCUUCAUGACCAUGCCAAGGAGCUCCUCUCUCUUUCCUUUGAGUCCAAACAAGCCCUUAGGAGUGGCUCUAUGUCCUACUUUUGGGGCACCCCUGCCCUUACCCCUUCUGGGCUAGCCAUAGCCACAGAGAGGAGUCCUAGUUCCCUAAGCAUUAACUGGGUCGAAGGUUUUAAUGUUCCUCUGAGUCAACUCUCUGUGCUUCAAGCUGAUGGAGAUCCAAUUCUUGAUACUUUCAGACAUUUGUUGGAUGAGUAUGGAAGGCAUCAAUCCAGAGUAGCCACCACAAUUUUCAAAGCCAUGGCAGAGAACCUCAACCUUUUAGGUCAAGAAAAAUGCAAGUCCUAUAUCUCUCCAUCUACUGGCUUCAUACGUGUCUAUCGCUAUCCACGUUGCUCUGAGUCCAACCACAACAACCAAGCCUCAGCUUGGGGCAUGGACGCCCACACAGACAGCUCAGUGAUCUCCAUAUUGAACCAUCAUGAUCAAGUUGGAGGACUUGAGGUCUACAAAGGCCACAAAUGGCUCGACAUUAAACCUAUUCCUAAUACACUUGUCGUUAACCUUGGAGAUAUGAUGCAGGCUAUGAGCGAUGAUGAAUACAAGAGUGUGAAACAUAGAGUGAAGGCAAACAAGUACGACGACCGAAUAUCAAUUGGCUACUUUGUGUUCCCAGCUCAAAAUGGUGUGAUUCAGAGCUCCAAGUACAAGCCUUUUACUUAUUCUGAUUUUCAAGCCCAAGUUCAAAAAGACCUGAUGACCAUGGGCUUCAAAGUUGGGCUUGACCGCUUCAAGCUUAAUAAGGCCUCUUAAUUCAUUCCUACUACCCUAGUGUUUUUUGUUUUUUAUUUUUUGUAUGAAAAUAUAAGAAAGGAAAUUGUGCUCACAACAAUAAAAUUUCGA